AUGUGGACCAGAGAUGAAGAAGAGGGUAGUCUGCAGAAGAAGAGCAAGAUGUUCAAGGAGAAGCAAGACCAGAGUCAGAAUGCUAAGGUCCGAAUAAAAAGGUUGUUCCCGAGGGUGUACUACUGGGACUUUCUGUUGUCCCUGCAAUGGAGAAUCACGCACAGCUCCUACUGGAAGGUGCAGGUGCUGGCCUCAGAGCUCAGCCUGGUUGCCUUCCUUCUGCUGGUGGUCAUGGUCUUCUCUAAGAAAUGGCUGUACCUCUUUAAGAACAGCUUCUUCCAGCGCUGGCACACAUAUGUUAGCAACAGAAUCUACAUAUUGGCCUAUAUGAUAUCCAUAAGGCUCCUGGAAAUCUGCAAAUCCAAGAGCUGUAACUCAGAGAAUAGAAAAACUAUCUUCAUUUUCUUCACCCUUUUGUUGUUUCCUAUUAACAUCUGGAUCUUCGAGUUGAAGAGAAAUUUAUCAAUCCCUACCGGCUGGAGCUAUUUCAUUGGUUGGGUGGUGUUUGUCCUAUAUGUCACCUGUAGUAUCCUCUGCUACUUCAACCAUAAACAUUUCUGGAGUCUGAUUGUGAGCCAUCCCUCCAGCACCGUGCCCUGCAUCAGCAGUUCCAGGUCAGACUCUCCGAAUGAUCAGAUCGUCUCAAACACCUCUGUCAACCAAGAAGAAGUCCUGGAUCUUGAGUAA